AUGAGAAACCACUCUGUGAUUACAGAGUUUGUGCUCUUGGGCAUUUCAGACACACCAGAGCUUCAGGCUGUAAUUUUUUUCUUUUUAUUCAUUGCUUACAUAUUAAGUGUGUGUGGAAACCUAACCAUCAUCACCCUCACCUUGCUUGACUCUCGCUUAAAGAUGCCUAUGUAUUUCUUCCUCCGGAAUUUCUCCUUCUUAGAAAUUAUAUUUACCAGUGUUUCCAUUCCUAGAUUUUUGGAGUCAAUAGUUACGAAAGUUAAGAGCAUUUCCUACAACAACUGUUUGGCUCAGUUAUUUUUCUUCAUCUCCAUGGGAGUGUCUGAGUUCUUUCUUCUAACUGCUAUGUCUUAUGAUCGCUAUGUCGCCAUCUGCAAGCCACUGCAUUACACCGUCAUCAUGAGUCAGAAAGUCUGUGCCCUGCUUGUCCUCACCUCGUGGCUGGGAGGGUUUCUGACCAUCUUCCCGCUGCUCAUGUUAUUCCUCAAGUUAGAUUUUUGUGCUUCGAAUGUCAUUGACCAUUUCUGCUGUGACUACUUCCCCAUUUUACAACUGUCAUGCUCAGAUACAUGGUUUUUAGAAACAAUUGGUUUUUAUUUUGCCUUUAUCACUUUGUUGUUCACACUGGCCCUAGUGAUCUUGUCAUACAUCUACAUCAUCAGCACCAUCCUGAGGUUCCCAUCUGCCAGCCAGAGGGAAAAGGCUUUCUCCACCUGCUCCUCCCACACGAUUGUCAUCUCCAUCUCGUAUGGAAGCUGCAUCUUCAUGUACGUCAAACCUUCUGCCAAUGAACGGGCAUCGCUGACCAAAGGGGUGGCUGUUCUCAACACUUCAAUUGCUCCCAUGUUGAACCCUUUCAUUUACACGUUGAGAAAUCAACAAGUCAAACAAGCCUUCAAGGAUUUGAUUAAUAAAGUAAUGUUUCGUAGAAACAAAUGA